GCACUCCUUGUCCCAGAUCGAAUCAGUCAAUUGCGGGUACGGUUCAAUUCCGAUUCUCAUCCGCUCCCGCUGGCUGAAUUCAAUUCGAUUCGAUUUCUCCCGAGUCCGCCUGAGCUGGUGUCGGUUAACCCGAUCCUCAUCGCGAUCUUACUCCGUUAUUCAAAAUGGCCAAGAAAGCCAAGUCCCGUACCAUUGCCGUUCGCCUCAUCUCCAUGGCCAUGACCGGUUACUACAGAACAAUGAUCCGUCCUCGAACUCAUCGCCCUCUCAGUAUGCUUAAAUAUGAUCCCGUCGUGAAGAAGAAGGUCCUAUUUCUGGAGGCGACGAAGCGGGGGAAGGCUAAAUGA